AUGCUGAAGGAGCUGCGGCUGUCCCUGUCGCUGGUCCUGCUGCUGGCCUGUGGCUUCCUCUACCGGCUCAGCCUCAAGUCCGGCUGCCUCUUCUCCUGUGGGCCUGCGUUCAAGUCCCCACAGGGGCCGGAAAGCGUGUUGAGUCGGGGCCGCAGCAUUGUAUUCAUCGAGACCUCGGAGCGCUUGGAGCCCCCGCCCCUGGUCUCCUGCGCCCUGGAGUCGGCCGCCAAGGUUUACCCAGGGCAGCCGGUGGCCUUCUUCAUGAAGGGGCUCAGCAACGGCACCCGGCUGACCCCCAACUCCAGCUACCCGGCCUUGUCCCUGCUGUCGGCCAUGGACAACGUGUUCUUCUUCCCGCUCGACAUGGAAAGGCUGUUUGAAGGCACACCUCUCCUCGCGUGGUACACUCGUAUCGACAGCGAGCGGGAGCAGUACUGGCUGCACGUGAGCGCGGACGCCGCGCGCCUGGCUGUGGUGUGGAAGUACGGCGGCGUGUACAUGGACACGGACCUCAUCUCCCUCAGGCCCGUCCCGGACGAGAACUUCGUGGCGGCGCAGGGCUCGGGCUCCUGCAGCAACGGCGUGUUCGGGUUCGAGCCCCGCCACCCGUUCCUGUGGGCCUGCAUGGAGAACUUCGUGGAGCACUACAACUCGCGCGUGUGGGGCAACCAGGGCCCGCUGCUGAUGACCCGGAUGCUGAGGGUGCGCUGCAGGCUGGGCGCCUUCCCGCGCCGGGGGCGGGGGGACCUGCGGUGCGGGGACCUGUCCGUCCUGCACCCCGACAGGUUCUACCCCAUCCCCUUCCGCCAGUGGGGCCGCUACUACCAAGUGUGGGACCCCCCGGACCCCGCCUUCCGGGCCUCCUACGCCCUGCACCUGUGGAACUUCAUGAACCGCCGCGAGAGGAAGACGGUGCGGCCGGGCAGCGGCACCCUGGCCGAGCGCCUCUACCGCCGCCACUGCCCGGGCACCUACGGGCGCCUCCUCCUCCGGGGCCCGACCCCCCCACCGGGGCCCGGCCCACGCGGGGCGCCUGCCGCGUGA